UUGUCUUCUUCAACCCCAACACCCCUCUCUCUCUCUCUCUCUCUCUCUCUUCCAUUCAUUAUUACUCGCUUCUUGAUUUUUUUCAUGGCUCCCUUAUCUCUCUGUCCGUAGCCUGUCUCGAAAAUUAUUUCUCUCGCCGUUAUAAGUAUAGUCGGCCCUCCACAGUCUCCCUCCCUCCAUAACCCAUCUUCCCAGAACUUAACCCCCAUUUCUCUCCGAGUCCUCUCUGACGCAAAAAACAGACCUUAUUAACUCUCUCCCUCCUUUCUCUCUUAUUAUUCUCUCUAUCUGAAUCUUGUUCCUGAGAGAUCAGCACCACCUUCCUCUUAGCUUCACUCCUCGUCAUUUUUUUCUCACCUCUCUCUGACACACUCUGUCUCUCUCUCUCUCUCUCACUGCACAACAAUGUCUAGCAGAAGAUCCCGCUCGAGGCAGUCAGGAGGAGUGUCAAGAAUCAGCGACGACCAGAUCGCUGACCUCGUCUCCAAGUUGCAACGUCUCAUUCCUGAAAUCCGCAACAGGCGCUCCGACAAGGCAUCGGCUUCCAAGGUGUUGCAGGAGACUUGCAACUACAUAAGAAGCCUGCACAGAGAAGUAGAUGAUCUUAGCGAGCGGCUGUCCGAGCUCUUGGCGGACUCCGAUAGCGAGCAAGCGGCGAUUAUCAGGAGCUUGCUCAUGUGACGAUAGCAGUUAAAUAAGCAAUUAUUGAUACACUCUCCCCUUUCGUAAUUUUUACCUCCUAAUUCCCUCCUUUCUCGUACCGUUCCUUAUAUUAAUCUUGAUGAUCUUCUAGUUCUAGCUAGAGCUAGGGUUUGGUCGCUAUGUAGGCCUCGGAGACUGAGAGCUAACAUGAGCUCAUGUCCAUGUCUCUCUUCCCAAAAAAACCUUGUUUGUAGUUAUUUAACUUCCAUUAUAUGUUAUUAAUAAGAAGGGUACUACUUUUGUAGCUCUUAAA